AUGUCGAAUUCAAAGCUUCUUACUCCAAACCUUGACUCAUACGCAACCAACAGCAUCGCGAAAUCAGUCUCCAUGAGCAGAGGAUUUCAUACUGGCUCAGGUGCAACAUCUCUCUGGAAAACUCUGUCCACAACAGCAGCAUCUGGAGCGGUUCCCAGGCCGAGAACAAACCAUUCAGAAGAUGCUAUGCUGUCAUUGGUACUUCUGUGUUCCCUCGCAAGCUCUGAGGUUCCUCUGGAUCUCAUCUCCCGUGGAGCUAGCCCUCGACGACGUUGGAACGCACACGGUGGGAUUGAAGAGAAAGAUGCCCUUUAUAUCGCCCUUUCUUCUGCAUUGGUUGACUUGCUCUCAAGUAUUGCCAAACUGGAUAACGCUUUGUGCGAACUUGUGUCACUGUCGGCCAUUUCAAAGAGUUCCGACGAGACUUAUAUGGUGAAUCGAGCCGUUCAAGCUCGCGUUUCUGACAGCCUACCCCCCGAGCUACACUCUUUUUGGAGACUGCAGGCUCUAGUCGUUGCGUAUCGUUCAAUUCCAUGGAAGUAUCUCGAGCUUGGGCCCUUUGGUGUGAGAGAGUUGUUUAUUCCGCAUCUUCGGCACACUCUGCAGGGGGUUCGAAAUCAUGACCAUUUGAUCGCACAAGCUACAGCAAUGACAUUGUGCGGAUUCAUAAUCAUAUUAAUUUUACUUGAACCUUAA